CUGGCCUGUGCAGCGCAGCUCGGGCCAGGGAAAGGAGCCCCGCUGGGAUCCGGCGAGGGGAGAUGGAGGCGACGGGAUGGCGGCCGGGCGUCGGCUCGGCGGAGUUGCGGCCGAGAGGAGGGAGAGGAGGCGGGGUGGCGGCUGGGCUCUGACUCCGACUGCCCGCACGCCGACGCCGUCGCUGGAGAGAAGCGGAGGGUGCGUGCUCAAGCUCAACACUGGGGCAGGUCAGUGGCCGCCACACCGCGCCGUCGACACCCCUGCUGCGGCGCAAUCGCUGUCGUGCUGUCGCCCAGCCCUCUCUGUUUCGCUCAUCACGCCCCUUCCCCCUUGGGUCAGCCAGCCAGGCUGCUAGUAAGGCAUCAGGAAAUCAAGAAGAGAAUUUGAAGAUAUCGUUGGCGCUAUGCAUCUACUCCACUCGAAGGAAAUUUUGUCUUGGCGCGCCUGUUCGUUCCUUUGCUCUUGGUCCAUUGAUCACUAACUCAAGCUGGAUUCAGCUGGUCCGGCGGAGACAGGAAACAGUUUGUGGCUCUGUGCUAACACGCUCCGUGCCUCUCUCCUCUUGCAGCACGCUCGUCAGUGGCUUAUCAGUUUAGUUACUGACUCGUAUUCAGAUGAUCUACUUCAGGUGAUGGCAGCAUGGUUUUAUUCUUCGUGACUUGAUUGAUGAUCUUCUGUUCUCUAUUUUUAUCCCGGCCUGCGCUCAACCUUGUGAGGUCUUGAAAGCAGUGAUGGGUUGGUCGAAGCUAACCGUGUCUUCAAGGUGAUCAAUACUGAUUCCUACUGUUGAUGAUUUGUUCCUUGUUGGAAGACUGCUUUAAAAGGUCAACCUGGUGUCGUGGGUCUCCUGAGCUGAGUUUCUCAGAUCAAUGGCAGCCAUACUAGAAUCUUUGCUUGGAUCAUGUGUCGAUAAGUUGCAAAAUAUUAUUAGUGAUGAGGCCAUACUAAUCCUUGGGGUGGAAGAAGAGCUUGCAGAAGUGUUGCGACGGGUAGAACUAAUACGUUGUUGUAUAUAUGAUGCUGAGAAAAGGAGGACAAAAGAGCUUGCAGUGAACAAUUGGCUUGGUCAACUGAGAGAUGUUAUAUAUGAUGUUGAUGAAAUAUUGGACAUCGCUAGAUGCAAAGGAAGCAAGCUACUGCUUGACCAUCCAUCAUCAUCAAGCAAAUCAGCUGCCUGUAAAGGCCUUUCGGUUUCCUCUUGCUUUUGUAACAUCGGGCCACGCCAUGAUGUUGCUGUUCGGAUUAGAAGUCUGAACAAAAGGAUAGAGAACAUUUCAAAAGAUACAACAUUUUUAACAUUCAGCAGUAGUACACAACCUACUGGAAAUGGUCCAACAUCCAAAUUGAGAAGAAGUUCCAACCUUGUUGAGCCUAACCUUGUGGGAAAGGAGAUCAUACAUUCUAGCAAGAAGUUGGUAGACUUAGCACUUGCUGACAAGGCACAUAAGUCUUAUAAGCUUGCUAUUGUUGGAAUAGGAGGAGUUGGUAAGACAACACUAGCUCAGAAAAUAUUCAAUGACCAAAAAAUAAGAGGAAGCUUCCAGCUACGGGCAUGGAUUUGUGUUUCACAUGACUACAAUGAAGUAACUAUUCUAAAAGAGGUUCUUCGAAAUAUUGGUGUGUAUCAUGAGCAAGGCGAAACCAUAGCAGAACUGCAGAGAAAGCUUGCAGAAACAGUUGAAGGGAAGAGUUUCUUUCUGGUUUUAGAUGAUGUGUGGCAUCCCAAUGUCUGGACGGAUUUAUUAAGAACCCCAUUCCAUACAACAAAUUCUGGAGUAAUAUUGGUAACCACACGAGAUGAUCAAAUUGCAAUGAGAAUAGGCAUACAACAUACCCAUCAAGUUGAUCUCAUGUCAGCAGAGGUGGGAUGGGAGCUACUUUGGAAGAGCAUGAACAUUGCCGAAGAGAAAGAAGUGCAUAAUUUGAGAAACACAGGCAUGGAGAUUGUUGAUAAAUGUGGUCGCCUCCCUCUUGCAAUUAAGGUUACUGCUAGUGCUUUGGCAAGCAAAGAUCUAACCGAGAAUGAGUGGAGAAAGUUUUUAGGCAAAUACUCUGGCUCCCAUGGGAUGCUCUCUGAUGAAAUAGAGGGCGCUCUAUACCUAAGCUAUGAUGAGUUAUCACAUCGUCUGAAACAGUGUUUCCUUUACUGUGCUUUGUAUACUGAAAAUUCUAUCAUUUACCGUGGUGUAGUUACAAAGUUAUGGAUUGCUGAAGGCUUCAUUAUGGAGCAACAAGGUCAGCCACUCGAAGACACAGCAGAAGGGUACUACUAUGAGUUAAUCCAUCGGAAUCUCCUCCAACCAGAUAACACAAUUUUUAACCAGGCUCAAUGCAGAAUGCAUGACCUCUUAAGACAGCUUGCUUGCAAAUUAUCACAGGACGAAUGCUUUAUUGGAAACGUUGAAACAUUGAGGGGUGAGAAUAUGUCAAAAUUGCGACGCCUUUCUGUUGUCAAUAAGAAGGAUAAAUUAGUGUUAACUAGCAUGGAUAACAUGGUAGUUAAGGUGAGGACAUUCCUUGCUUUUUAUGGUCCAUGGAAAAUUGAGGAUACAUUCUUCAAGAGAUUUCUACUUCUUCGUGUUCUGGCCCUGAAUUACUCAAUUGUGCAAAAAAUUCCAGAUUAUAUAGGAAAAUUGAUCCAUCUACGCCUACUUGAUCUUGGUCAUACUGGCAUAUCUCAUCUUCCAGAAUCCAUUGGAUCCCUAAAGAACCUUCAAGUGUUGAGCUUGAUAAAUUGUGAUGCUCUGCACAGUCUUCCAUCGGCGAUGACCCAAUUGUGUAAUCUACGAUGUCUUCGUCUUACUGGUACAAAAGUAAAUCGGGUUCCAAAAGGGAUAGGGAAAUUAAAUUUGCUCACUGAAUUACGAGGAUUUCUUGUCGGCGACAUAAGUGAUAAUGCUGAUGUACAAGAUGGGUGGAAGUUGGAAGAGUUGUCUUCUUUGCCGCAAAUGAUGUAUCUUAAUCUUGUUAAAUUGGAAAGAACAGCUCAUUGUCGUACAAAUGUAGUGCUGGAGGACAAAAAGCAUCUAAAAGAACUGGUGCUAGAGUGGACCACACAUGGAGAGGGACCAUAUUCAGAAGAGGUUAGCAAUGCUGAGAAGGUCUUUGAGCUGCUAGUACCUCCACGCAACCUGGAAACCCUCUAUAUCUUUGGAUUCUUUGGUCAGAGGUAUCCCACGUGGUUUGGUACCGCCUGUUUGUCUUCAGUAACACACUUGUUCCUAAAAAAUCUACGAUCAUGCGUGGAUCUUCCACCGGUCGGACAGCUACCAAACUUGAAGUUUCUGAGAAUUGAUGGAGCACAUGCAGUUACCAAGGUUGGACCUGAAUUUGUUGGCUGCAGGGUGGGUGAACCCAUAAGCAACGAGUUCAUUGCUUUCCCUAAACUUGAGUGGUUCUUCAUCAAGGAUAUGCCCAACUGGGAGGAGUGGUCUUUUUUUAAGGGAGUGGAAAAUGUUGUUCAUGAAGGAGGAGAGGAUGGUGGUGAUGAGAUUCAUAACGGUGAUGCUCAAUCGACACGAUUGCAACUACUGCCUCGUUUGGCGAAGUUGAAAGUUGAAGGUUGCCCAAAGCUGAGGGCUCUCCCACAACAGCUUGGAGAGGACACCGCCAGCUUGAAGGAGCUCUUGUUAAUUGGAGCGAACAACUUGAAGGCCGUGGAGGACUUUCCAGUGCUCGAGCUCCUUGUGAUUGAGGAUUGUGAAGGCCUGGAGGAGGUCUCCAACCUCCCUCAAGUGUCAAAACUACAAGUACGUGGUUGUCCAAACUUAAGCCAUGUAGAGGGGUUGGGCAAUUUGCAGCAGCUGGGAUUGGGCGAGGAUAUGCAGGAGAUAUCUUCCCGUUGGGUGCCUGGGCUUCAGAACCAGCGCCAGCGACUUCAUGGCGAAGACCUGGAUGUCUACACACUAUCUACCGGUUAGAUGGCAAGGAAAGCACAAGGAAGUGGUUGGUGGAUGGUGACAGAGCUGCAGACUGAACACGGCACGAUCGUGUGCAGUGCGGUGAAUUUCGGGAGCACAAUGACGGGAACCUCAGCGGAGGGCGGAAAUGCGGAAGAUGACUAGGGCAGAGGCGCGCAGCUGCACUUUGAAGCAGCUGUCUGUGGAAAAAGCAUCAAGUAUGAAGGGCAAGCUCUGUUCUGCAGCUGUUCUUGGGAUUACAGAUUAAUUUGACUACUGGCUAUGAUUAAACUGAAGCGAGGUGUGUCUCUUGUGUAGUACUCCCUCUGUAAAAUAAUGUUUUAGAUCACUAAAGUAGUGAUCUAAAACGUCUUAUAUUUGUUUACAUGGGAAGCAGUAUUUGCUUACGCAUGGAAGAUCCCACAUAGAUGAUCCAUCUUGUGCUUAGGACAAAGGUUAAUCAACCGGCUGUACUCAUGGACGAACUGCAAUCACCAUAAGUUUGUACUGUUCUUCUUUUUUCACUGCACACAAUUAAGUUUGUGAUCUA